AUGAAGUUCUCCAUACCCCUCCUCCUCGCCGCCUUCGCCACACAAGCCCUCGGCGACAGACACCACUUCUGCUGGUGCGGAAGCGACCAAGUCCCCAAAUCAGACCCCUGCCUGACACAAGCCGCCUGCGCCAAAUACCCGCAAGACAAGUUCUUCGGCGUCAAGGGCGGCGACCCGUCCGCGCCGACGAUAUCGAAAUGGAGCGAGAAGAAGGCAAAGUGCUACAGCACGCGCGCGUGGCCCGUGAUUCCGCAUCCCUUUCUCGGCGGGAACGAGUUUGAGGAUGCGUGCUUUGCUGCCGCGGCGGAUCAGGCUGUUGUCGAUGCGUGUGGCGUUUCGCCUGGGAGCAGGACGGGGGUGAAGUCGUAUUGCUCUGAGCCUUUUGACUGA